CGGUUAUAACAAAUCUUCUUUACAAAUUCAGUCCCCCAAAUUUGAAUCAACGCAUAGUGCAAGAUAUGGCGACCAAGUUGAAUAUCAGCGUGACAUCUGCGAUCCACGGGAUCGUGACCGGUAACAAAGCCGUUGUACUGGUGUCAGGCGCUAAGGGCCAUCGUCCAACACUGAAGCUCAACGACUGCGACGAAAGCGAUAGCUUGCAACCUGUGGAUGGAGAUACGUCUAAGUGGAAGGGUGUGUUGACAGGGUUUACUGUUGGAUAUAACAAGCUUCUUGCAACAGACACCGGUAAUGAAGCGACUUGUGUUGUCCGGGGCUUUCCUAUCCAAGGCCCAGUCUUCAGCGGGCCUCAUAUCCAGCCGUGGAUAUGUACCACCGAGGAAAAUGGCCUAGGACCUGCCGUGGAUGAACACUGCAACGCUCCGACAGUCACCAGAUACUACUAUAUGGACACUGAAGCCUCUGAUUUUCUGCCUUACGACCCAAGCAGCCCUCCCAAACCAGAGCAGCUAGCCCAUACUACGACCGAUGCAGGGAUUACGGUUCCUUACAUUAUCCGGCACGAGAAGGGAACUGCAAACAGAGGAGUGUGGGAGCUUACUACCCUAUGCGAUCCCCGAGAACCAUGGACUGCGAUCAAUCCACAGAAGGGAUGGAACCGAAAGCUUUACAUUGUCGCGUUUGGAGGCUGGAACCAAAAAUAUAGCCAGUCGGUGCUUCAGACUGGAUUGACUCCGGAGUUGAAGUAUACGGUAUUCCAGGACAUGGCGCUUCGACGCGGAUUCAUGGUUGCUCGCUCGACACAAAUGCAAUCAAACACUAACUCCGACUCUAUCCGCGCCGCCGAGUCCAUUUUGAUGCUCAAGCAGCAUGUCAUGGUGCACUACGGAGAAAUCCUGUACACCUUCGCCUCCGGGCCAUCCGGAGCUUCCAUCAUGCAGCAGAUGAUUGCCAACCAGUACCCUGGUUUGUUCCAAGGGAUCAUGCCUCUUUCUAGUGUUCAUUCCAGCUGGUAUGUUCCUGGGAUUUCUAUUGAAUCCAAGCUUUUGGAGCAUUACUGGACCAAAACAUCUCCCGCUCUAUGGACAGACCCUAAGGCGCGCCUUGCAGUCGACGGGCAUCAAGAUCACGAUAUCAUGCAAUUCUGGAAUACAGUCUUUGGCUCUGAGAAGACCGGCGGUGUGGAUCCAACUCAAGGAACUGGGUUAGAGCCUGAUCUCACAUACAACCCACAAAGUAACCCGGCUGGCGCACGGGGCACCCUUCAAGAUUACCAUGUAAAUUACCUCGGCAGACGUUCGCCUUCAGAAUGGGUCCCUCAGGAGGUCAAGAUCAACAGAGGAUUUGCAAACCUUCCCUGGGACAAUGAAGGUAUACAGUAUGGUCUGAACGCGCUCCUCGAUCACAAAAUUAGCGUGGAGCAGUUCUUGGACCUCAACGAAAAAGUAGGCGGGGUCGAUAUCGACGCCAACUUCAUACCCUCUCGAACUGUGGCUAGCCCGAUAGCACUGGAACGUCUUCAUCGAAGUGGACUGAUCAACGAUUUUAGCCAUCUAGAUGAGGUCGCUAUCUUAGAUCUUCGUUGUCCAGAGCAAGAAGACCCUAUCAGAAGCCAUACCCAGUUUCAUACCUGGGUUUCAAGAACGGGCCUGACCCGAAGUCAGGGGCAUGCUGAAAAUCAGGCUAUAUGGAUGUGCCCGGGCUUCAAAACCGUGCAAGGUCCCCCGGAAGCGGCCUUUGUGCUGAUGGACAGCUGGCUUUCUUCUGUUUACAAAGACUCCACGGACAUUGCUUUGGCGGAGAAGAUCAGAAAGAAUAGACCCUCGAAACUCACGGAUGGACUCUGGACUCCAGAUGGAACUCCGAUUGGUGAUCUGGAAGUUAUGAACAGCACCUAUCCCGUUUAUGGAGACCCCAGGACUGUGGCUGCUUGUAACAAUCUGAAGGCCAUGCUCAUAGCAAAGCCGCAGCUCAAGCCGAUAAAUCCAGCGGAUUAUAUAGGAAUAACAUUCUCCGAGGUGGAACUUCAACGAUUGAACAGUAUCUUUCCCAAUGGCGUGGCUGAUUGGGAGAAACCUGGAGUUGGACAAACCCAAAGCGUACCGUGGCUUUCUUAUGAACCAGGCCCUGGGGGACUUCCUAUUGAAUAG